CAGGCGGGAGGACGAGAGGGAGCAGAGAAAGACGCUAAAUUGAAAUGCGCUUCAAAUGAAUGAAUUAGCCGUCUUCGUUCAAAUUAUAACUUUGCAUGUCGUGGCUGCCACUAUUCGACUAGCCUUUUUUUAAAUCUCCUUUGGUUUCCUUACGAAGCUUCGAGUACAGCGCGGACAACGAGAUGAGCCUGAUCCUUUCUCAGCAGCAGGCUGAAAGUCUCCCGGCUGUGACUCGUGCAACCACCGAGAGCGAUUCAGACAGCGGAAUGGGCUCUCCAGCAGAGGAGAUGGUGCCAGCGAUGACAAACAAUAGGCAUGAGUAUCCAGAUUCUGACGAGGAUGAAGCCAUCACCACACGCAGAAAACCUCGGCAUAAUGCCAUCAGAGACAGUGAAAGUGAGGAGGAAGAGGCAACUGUACAACGGGCCGAAGCACUGGUGUUAUCUGCUUCCAGUGGAGAGGACAUGGAGACUGGAGAGACGGGCGAGAAACAAGAGAAAGAGGCAAAAAAGAGAAUAAUCCAUGCUCCUUCUGAUGGUGAAUCUGAGCAAAGGGAGGAAGAGCAGCAGGACACGAGGAAGGAUGCAAAAACAGCAAAGGGGUCGAAAAAGAGAGCGAAAAGCCAACGGCACCGAGAGAAAAAGGAGAAUCGUAGCAAAGCAGUGGACAAACUGAGAAAGAAAGACAGGUUUUCUGACUUGAAUGAGAGUACACCACUUCCUCGGGCUUUGAAUGACAGUGGCUGCCUGCUGGGUGACACUGACCUGUUUGACACUGGUAUGGAUGAGGAGCUUGAAGAGGAAGAGUCAUUAGACUCCAUUCGAGCGGCCGUCAAACAGAAGAUGAAAAAGCACAAGGAACCUUUUCUGGAUAGAAAAAAUGAAGGCGAUGAAGAUGAAUCCGAAAAGCCCCAACGUGCAGAGAGAAAAGCGGCACGUGCGAGUAAAGAGGCAAUGAGACAGCUCCACAGUGAGUCUCAGAGACUGAUCAGAGAGUCGGAGCUUGGCCUGCCAUACCACGUCCCUGAGCCAAAGACCAUCAGCCAGUUCUUCAGGAAGAGAGCCAGGCCAGAAGGACCUGCCAUGGCCCUGUUGAAGUCUAGAGAGUAUUCAGCAGUGAUGUUUGAGAAACCUCCACCACCACCUCUUGCCAAGCCCACCAAUGAAGACCAGCACCUGCCAGCAGAGCAGGACUCUGCUCCCGCUCUACAUUCCACGUCCUCUCAUCUCCAGCCCCUGCCUCAGCCCGCCGCCACCUCAUCCCCGCAGCAGGAGAGCCUGAGCCAAGCCCAAAACGCUGCUGAGAGCUUAGAAGCUGACCAGGAAUUCUCUCCAAUGCUUUACCUCUCAGAGAGCUUGCAGGAGUCGAUCACAACCGAUUCUGCGGUGAAAUCUAUAUCUGGCGAAGAGGCUUCUGCUGUUAUUACAGAACAGACUGAGACUCUUUGUAAUGCCCAGCAAGCAGAGGCCGGACCUGUAACUUUGGUUGUGCCUCAAGCCACCUGUUGUACUGACCCAGUGUCAACUGAACCUAUGGGGCUGCUGUCCACCAAACCCAAAAAGGAUAAAUUAGCCAGACUGAAGAAGCUUGGACUGGACCCUCCACCUGUUGCCAAGUUGUGCGCUAAUGCCGGAGAUUUUGUUCAGCUUGAGCCUGCACCACUCAACCCAGGUGUGGAGGCUCUGAAGGAGCGAUACCUUCGUCACAUCCAGCCUCCAGCUCGUCCCCAAGGGGAGCGCACCAUGCAGCUCAACAUUGUCCGUAAAGACAGCACCCCAUCUGGAACGGAGGAGUUGUACGCUGAGUCUGUCACCGUCACUAUUAAAGAAGGACAAGAAGAGCCUGUGGUGACCAAACCUGGAGAGAAACUGUUGACCCUGAAGCAGCGGCUGCAGCUAGCCAUGGCCCAGCGGAGACAGGAGGAGCGGGCGCGCAAGGCAGAGCUGAAUCGCCUUGAUAAUGAAGAUUGUGAUGAGGAAGAGGAGGAGGCAGAAAUGACUGACUCCGAGGCAGAAGAGGGUGUGGAUGAUUUAUUGGGAGGCAAUGAUGGUGAAGAUGAGGAGGGCAGUGUGGUCCAGAGUAUUAGGAGUCUAUCCCCUGUGGCACGAAAUGGCCCGUCAGUAACUCCAGACCUAGUUAACACCGAUGGAACACUCAUACUGUUCCCAGGCAACUCCUCCUCUCGCACUGGUGAUGGUGGAAGGAGAUCUGGUCCUUCUGGACAAGACGGUGCCAGUAAGAUGGAAGAGGACGACUCUCUGUCCCUGAUGAAGGACAUCAGCCACAACAGCAGCUUUGAGCUGGUCGGAUCCAUGAUUACUUCCUACCAACCUGUCAGCCAUCAGCGCGCAGGGAGAGGAGUUUCCAACUCUAACCCCAUGUUCCGCUCCCCUUCUCCAUGCCUCUUCAGGCCCAGCUUCCUUGGCUCUGCUUCCAAGAGCUCUGGCAAACACUCUGAGCCCUCACUGUGCCUCCCGGUGGAGGACUCCCAAGACUUGUACGCCCCUCCCUCCCCAGGUGUGGACUCUGAGCCCAUGGGUGGAGCAGCUGCUGGGCCCAGCAUGGGCGGAGACUCCCAAGGUCGCUUCUCUUUGGAGGAUGACGCCCACUCCCAAUUACUCGAUGCGGACGGCUUCCUGAAUGUGGGCCCUCGGCCUGGUGCAGCAGCCCGCUCCCACAAGAGACAGUUGAUCCUGGACAGCCUGGAUGAAAAUGCAAUGGAUGCCAACAUGGGGGAGCUUUUAGGUCUGUGCUCGGGUGUUUUUAGGACGGCGGAGAGCAGCGCCAGUGGCGUAGCGGCACCAUUCCCUGGGGAAACGCAGACAGAAGAACUUCUCGGACUGUGCUCAGGAACGUUCCCACAAACACAGAAUGAAGAGACGGGAAAGAGCCAGGAGGGAGGACACGAUGAAGACACAGACAACACCAUGGAUCAGCUACUGGUGCUGUGCUCGGGCAAGUUUCCCAGCUCAGAUUCUGUUCACACAGGUUCACCAGCACAAGACAGUAAAAAGACUGCAGUGGAGGAGGAGGAGGAGGAGGAAGAAGACUGUGAGUUCCGGCUUCUGUCAGAUGUGGAAGAUGAUGAAGUCAGUGAAGAUGAUGACGAUGCAGAUGCUGAUGAAGACGAAGAAGAAGAGAACAAUGACGUAGAAGAAGAGGAGAUGAAUGGAGUGUUUGCACCUGAUCUUGUUAAAAAGGCGAAAAAGAAGAAAAAAAUGCGCCUGGCCGACUACGUGGACUCUGAGGCUGAGCUGUCAGGCAGCGAGGAAGCAAGUGAUGACGAAGAUGACGACAGAGGGAGCGAGUACGAGGAAGAGGAGCUUCUGGAGGAGCUUCCCUCUGAUGAGGAGCUCCAGGACCAGGUCAACAAGAUCCACAUGAAGCAGAUAAUGGAUGACGACAAGCGACGUCUGAGGCUGUACCAGGAGCGCUACCUGGCCGAUGGCGAUUUGCAUUCUGAUGGCCCUGGACGGGCUCGCCGUUUCCGUUGGAAGAACAUAAAUGACGGCUUCAACACAGACGGGGCCGGACUUGAAGGUGAGGAAGAGCAGGAGGAGGAUGAAGACGUAGAUCAGAAUGAGAUCCAGAGGAGGAAGGAGAGGUUGGAAAGAGAGCAGUGGCUCAGAGAACAGGCCCAACAGAAAGCCAAAAAUGGGAAGGCUUUGGAUUUGGAUGAGGAUGACGAGAAGAUUGGAGAGGAAGAUAGUCGUUUCAUGAGGCUGGCCAAGAAGCUGACUUCCAAGACGCUGCAGAAGAAAGAGCUUCCUGUGCAACCACCACCACCACAAAAGACCUCUCUCAAUCCCUUUCUCAGACCCUCGCAGCCCUCACAGUUAAAGAGAGGUUCCCUCCUGAGUCAGCCUCGGUCCGUCCUGCAGAAGUUGGCCUCCAUAUCCGAGGGGAAUCCACUCGCACCCCGAAACAGUCGCGGAUUCCUCUUUCAGACGCUGUCGCCAGAAAAGGACGACUCCACUUCAGACGUUCCUCAGAAUCAGACGAUGAAGAAGAGAGGGAACGUGGCAGCAGUGAACCCAGCAGCCAAGAGGGUCUGCAGGCUAGACACAUCUGUUGGACAUGUAAAAGCCCCCCAGAGAAGUAUUUUUAACUUUUUGGACCACUGAAUGUCUGUUGGGGGUCCCAACACUGUCCAUCAGGCCAGUUGUUACGUGAUGAGGAUUUCAUUGUCAAUCCAUGCUUUGUUCAGCAUGCGGCUGUCUAAUUUUAUAAUUAACGCUUUUAGGCUUCAUUCACUAAAAAUGUUAUCAUGUAAAUAGGGUUGAUUUUUGUUUUUAAAGCUAAAUG